UAUAGAGGUGGACGCAACAAUGUUAGGCUGUAUGCAUUUUCAAUGAUGUCAAUGAGGAGAAAUCUGUUUUUGCCAAUCUAACAGUAAUUCAAAGGACUGUCAGCAGGCUCCAGGGACAAGGGCCCCUGUGUUGUGGUUCUCUCAGAGUCUUUGAGUUUCGGACUCGCCGGUUUACCGCUGUUUCUCUGGAUGAAUGAGAACUGUCCAUUUACGAAAUCUUCCAAACGUGAAACGUGAAAGUCAGACAAGAACCUCUUGUUAUGGCCGUAAAUCAUAGCAUCUAGCUCGUAGUAUAGACCCCACCCAGAUCUAGGGCCAGCUGUGUUAAUAGAUGACAUAAGGAGUAAGCAACGAACUUGUUGGUGCUCCUCUGUUAUUUACGUGUAGAAUAAGGGAUAUGUUGGAUUAUGCUCCAGGCACGGCCUAUGUGUAAGGGUAUUUGAGUGACCACUGCAGACUGGGUUUUCUGGUCCCAAGACAUGUGUAUAAACUGGAAGGAACCUUCAUUUAUCCGUUAGUUUGGAAUCCCUUUAACAGUGGUGUAGUGGCGAGUGCAGUUGCCGAGUACCAAGUUUCCUCUGUUUUCUUGCAUCCCCAUAAUUCAUCCGCGCAGUUAUAACUGACGCCAUAGACAGCUUUACGACCUUAGAUUAUCCAGGCCAAAUGAGUUCUUAUUUUGUUAAUUCUUUAUCGGCAUGUUAUGGUCAAACUAUGGGAAUCGAUUCUUGUGCGGAUGGAAGUUUUCAUAGAAAUGGAAAUUACCAACACACGGGUGCUUUUUAUCCAGGAUUUCCUAGUGCUCGCUACCCCUAUCCAUCGAAAGAGGAGCGCCUGGACGACACCGAUUACUACGGGGGUCCCCGACUGAGUCACUUACCCCCAGCAAGCCCUUGUGGCUCUCCCCACAGUCUGAACAAUGGGACCCCAAACUUACAAACUGUGCACCCCAUGCACGAAAGACCGUCGUGCAAUGUCCGAACUGGUUCCAAUAACAAUUCAUACUUUCACAAUGGACACCUCGGAGACCGGAGUCGUUCAUCCCCCACUCAACAAGCCCCCUCCACCUCACCCUCCUCCCAGCAGCCCCCGGGGCAGGGCUCGGGGCCAACCUCCCCUACGUCGCCUCGUUCUCAGUCAGCGGACCAGACGUAUCACAGCCCACAAAUCUACCCCUGGAUGAGGAGAAUGCAAUAUACACAAGAGGGAAAUGACGGGGAAUCAAAGCGAUCAAGGACGUCUUACACUCGGCAUCAAACCCUGGAACUCGAAAAGGAAUUUCACUACAACAAAUACCUCACAAGGAGACGAAGAAUCGAGAUUGCACAUGCGCUCAACUUAACGGAGAGACAAAUUAAAAUAUGGUUUCAAAACAGACGCAUGAAAUGGAAAAAAGAGCAUAAGCUCUCACAUAUAGCGAAAAACAUGAAUUUUUGUAACGCAUUAGAGAAAGCCGCCGCUGAACAUGCGCAUGAAAACAAAAUGGCGCUGUGAAAACGUCACACCUAAUGACGUUUUUGACAAUCCCGACAAUCGGUUUGUAUCCAGACUAGUUGUUUGGACUCAUCUUCACCAGCAAACGGCCAAAGAAACAUUUCUGCUGUGACUUCAACACUGACCUGAUGGCGUUGGUUAUGGUGACGUAAUAACGAGAACACGAAUACUCUACAAACACUCGGUUUAUAAACCAGGGUAAAACAAAACCACGUGCUUCUUUUAGACAUAUGGUAUAUUGUAUUUUAUUCUUUUUACUUACAUAAUUUGUUCGAGAAUCUGUGUGAGAGAAUGGUUGUCGUAUGUGAAUGUAGUUUAUUGUGAUUUUUGUGAAUACUUGGAAUAUUUACUGAAGAGAUGUUCACAUAAUGUUCCCUCAUGUUAACGGCAAUAUACAACGCUUUUCCUAUUAUAAGAUGUCAUUCAGUUAGUCCGCGUGUACGGAGUCGACACCUGGCGGAUCGUCAGAAUUCCAAACGACGAACUAGUGUGUCGGCCAUUUUGAUUUUGGUCAUUUCGCUACUUAAUAUGGCGUGAACGUCUGAUACCUCAAUAUUCAAGGCAAACAUAUCAAUAGUUCAUUUUGACUUCCUAACAUGUCACUUCCUUUAAGAUUUAGACUGCCAAAGUAGAUUUAUUAUAUUAUUUGAAUAAAAUGCAUUAAAAUCAAAACUUUACCAAAUUUUCUUGAUUCUUUUGUUUAUU